AUGGAGUCGUCAUAUCUUCAAAAGCACCUUGGAAUGUGUCUAACUCUAGGUCUUGCAGAAGUAGCAAGAGUUCGCCCAGAGGAUCCAAUAGAAUAUUUAGCAUUGUGGAUUUACAAGUAUAAGGAAAAUUUAACCAUGGAACAACUAAGGCAACAAGAAAUGGUGGACUUGGAGCAUGAAAGAGAAUUGGCUCGGAGGGAGCAGGAAAUUAUGGAGCGGCUCAAGGCAGAGGAGCUCUUGUUGCAGCAGCAACAACUGGCAUUACAAAUGGAGUUGGAAAUGCAAAAAAAAGAGAAAGAGAGACUAGAAGAACUUCAGAGAACUCAAGAACAAUUAGAGAAGGAGAUGAGAACGAGUGUGGAAAGUAUGCCGAAGAAUGAGGAUACUUUUUAUUCAGAGGAAGGAUUUCUAGACACAAGCAAAACACUUGCUGAAAUUAGUGAUAGAUAUGGAGCACCUAACUUGAGCAGAGUAGAAGAACUUGAUGAAUCAAUGUUUUCUGAUGUCGCAUUAAACAUUGAUCAAGAUUUGCAGGAUCAAUAA